AUGAAUAGUUCAGAGAAUUCGAGCGAAGAGACUGAUCAGCUGGAAGAUGCAGAUUCAGGAGGGAUCAGACGAUCUUACGAGUGCACAUUUUGCAGAAGGGGCUUCACCAACGCUCAGGCGUUAGGGGGUCACAUGAAUAUUCAUAGAAAAGACAGAGCCAAAGCCAAACAAAGUACUCCUAAUUCUUCUCUUUCAAACAGAUUUUCCAAUGAGGAGUCCUUUGCAUCAGCCUCCCCUUUUCUUUCAGAAAUAUCUUCAGGCCAACAAUCCUCAAAGUUAUACUCCAUUUUCGAGGUUCAGGGAAACUAUAACAUGUAUUUCCAGCCAUCUUCUGCAACAAACCCUGGAGACCCUUCUCCUGCACCAUAUGCCUUCCCCUUUGAGUAUCUUAAUCCGAGGUCCCAUCGUCAGUCUGUGGAUGUGAACCCAGAGCUUCUAGGGGCCAAUUUGAGCCUCCAGAUUGGUCCAAGUCAUGUGGAAAGUAAUCAGAAAGACGGCGAAGUGGACUUAGAGCUCAGACUUGGCCAUCAUCCCUAUUGAAGCUAGCUUUUUUAAGGUAUAUAUUAGAUACAGAUUA